AUGUCUAACCUUAUUCCGCCCUCCUCGCCCCUCGUCCUCCUCCCCCACCGCCUCUCCGCCUCCGAGCGAAACCCUAACUCCGCCCCCAACUUCCGCCUCGACCACCUCGUCCACCCCGUCCUCGCCCGCCUCGAGCGGUGCGCCUCCAUGGCCGAGCUCCGCGCCCUCCACGCCCACAUGACUACCACCGGGCUCGCGCGCGACUCCUUCGCCGCGUCGCGGCUCCUCGCCUUCUCCGCCCUCUCCCUCCAAGGCGACCUCCGCUACGCUCUCGACCUCUUCCGCCGCCUACUCCCCGCCCCCAACCUCUUCGCCUACAACGCCAUGGUCCGCGCUUUCUCCCGAAGCAACCGCCCCGACCUCUCCCUUCGCUUCUACGUCGAAAUGCUCCAAUUUGGCCUCGCUCCUGAUAGCUACACCUUCCCUUUCUUGCUCAAAUCGUGCGCCCAUCUCCUCGCCUUGUCGGAGGGUCUACAGGUGCAUGCCCACGUAGUCAAAAUGGGAUUUUCGGGGGACCCAUUUGUGGGGAACUCGUUGAUUCACUUCUAUGCGGAGAUUGGGAGGUUUGAGCUCGCCGAGCUUCUGUUCGACCAAAUGCCUGAGAGAGAGCGGAACGAGGUCUCCUGGGCUUCAAUGAUCUCUGGGUUUGUAAGUAAUGAUCGCCCGCAAGAAGCAUUGGCUCUGUUUUGCUCCAAGGAUUGGAGAAACAUGGAUGCUGAUCAGAUCACACUCGUCAGUGUCCUUUCCGCAUGCGCUCAGCUGAGAGAGUUGAAAUUGGGAAAGGAUAUCCAUUGUUAUAUAGAGGAAAAGGGUGUUGAGGUUGGGCUGAUAUUAGGUAACUCACUAAUGAACAUGUAUGCAAAAUCCGGGCAGAUGGAAAUUGCUCGUGAGCUGUUUGAGAAUAUGGCUACGCUCGACUCAAUCUCGUGGAAUAUUCUUAUUUCUGGCUUUGUUGAAAAUGGAUCCUUAGAAAAGGGUUUAGAGAUGUUCUCUGAGAUGAAUCGGAGAAAUGUAAAGGUAAAUGAAGCAACAUUCUUGAGCUUGGUUUCAGCUUGCGGGGAGUUGGAGUUAGGGCUUGAGAUUCAUCAUCAUGUUAGAAACAUGGGUUUUGACACGAAUAUCUCGAUAUGCAAUGCGCUUAUUGAUAUGUACUCAAGGAUUGGAAGUGUUGAGCUAGCGAGCAAAGUGUUCGAUGAGAUGACCCUCAAAGACAUUAUCUCAUGGAAUUCAAUGAUAUCUUGCUAUGCUCGAUCCGGAUCUAUGGAAGAUGCUCGUAUACUCUUUGAUCAAAUGUUGGUAAAAGAUAACUUCUCUUGGAGUACUAUGGUUCUUGGGUACGUAAGAAACAAUGAGCCAGAAGAAGCAAUAGGUAUCUAUAAAGAGCUUAUGAAAGAAGCCAAUAUUGAACCCGAUAAUGUCACCGUCCUUAGUUUUGUGACGGCAUGUGCUCAUUUGGGUGCACUUGAAGAAGGAAAAGCAAUUCAUAGCUACAUAAAGAACAAGGAAAUUCAAAUUGAUAUCUCCUUAGGUACAGCACUUAUAGAUAUGUACUCGAACUGUGGGUGCCUAGGAGAAGCUGCAGAAGUUUUUCACAGCAUGAGAGAGAAGGAUGUUUCCGCUUGGACCGCAUUAAUUUCUGGUUUGGCCAUGCAUGGUCGUGGCAAAGAAGCUAUCCAAAUAUUCAAAGCGAUGCAAACUACAGAAGGGGACUCACCGAAGCCCAAUUCUGUUACUUUUCUAAGUGUUUUAUCUGCUUGUGCUCAUGCUGGGUUAGUCCAAGAAGGGUGGGAAGUUUAUAAUAGUAUGUUGAAUCGCAAACUCACACCGGAAAUGGCUCAUGUAGGGUGCAUGGUUGAUCUUCUCGGAAGAGCAGGGCAUCUAAAAGAAGCUUUUAACUUUAUAAAGAGUUUGAAUUGCGAAGUUGAAGCUAAUGUAUGGGGAGCCCUUUUAAGUGCAUGUAGAACAUAUGGUGAUGUGGAACGGGGGGAGAUUGCGUAUGCGAAGAUAGUUGAGUUGGAUCCUUUGCAUGAUGGAGCGCAUGUUCUAAUGUCGAACAUUUAUGCGAAGGCAGGGUGUUGGAACGAAUCGAAGGCAGUUCGAAGGAGAAUGAAGGAUGAGGGCAUUAGAAAGGAGGUCGGUCGGAGUUGGAUUGAAGUAGAUGGUGCUCUACAUGUGUUUACUGCAGGAAUUGAGCUAUAA